AAGGCUGCAUAGGAAAGUUAGAUCGGAACAACAGGUACAUGUAUCAAGGUUAAAAUGUAACUCGUACCCGUCCACAAAGGUAAAACUUGUGUAAACAGGGGCUCAAAAGUCACGUACGAAGGGACGCCUGGAACAGCGAAUCGUCUGAAAACGACGCUGAACAACAAAGAUGGCUGGACCCAGGACUAGCGGUCGUGGCUGGGCUGCCUUACUGUGUAUGUUAGUGCUGACAGUGGGAGGGGAGAUAUGUAAGGACACCGUGUGCAGCUAUAGGUUUCUGUGAGGCGGGCUAGAACCAUGACUCACACUCGAACAGUUGAGGGUCUGGAACAAAAUAAUCAGGUCUCCAUUACUGGUGACGGCCAUCUUGAGCUCUUCACGACAUUGACCCUUGACCUUCGCCGGGACGACGUCAAUGGCACACGUGUUUCAGCCGAUGACGUCAUCACAGCUGACGGUGUACAGAGAAACGUCAUUCUGGUGAACGGGCAGUUCCCGGGACCUGCCAUAGAAGUCAUGGAGGGAGCACAGGUAGCUGUCACGGUUGUCAAUCAACUUCUGACAGACGCCAUCACCAUCCACUGGCAUGGUCUGCACAUGCGCAAUACGCCGUGGAUGGACGGCGUCCCAUCCGUCACACAAUGUCCCAUCAUGCCUCACGAGAGCUUCACCUACCGGUUUCGCGCGUUCCCUGCAGGGACGUUCUACUACCACUCCCACAUGAGCAGCCAGAUGGCUGACGGACUCUUCGGCGCUCUCAUCAUACAUAAAAGCCAACCGACGAUACCUUCCAUCCCUCUCCUGCUGACUGAUUGGUAUCACGAGGAGGCAGAGACUCUGGACAUCGCCAGCAGGUACCACCUGUACCACAAAGGUGCCGGACAAUUCGAAUACGAUGAACUUUCAAGAGGGUAUUCUGUAGACGGUGUAGAAAUUAUUGGUCGUAAGUUUGUCUCGGCCUUGAUCAAUGGACGCGGAAGGUACAGGUCGAACAAAGCACCCCUGUCGGAGUUUACCGUGAGGGAGGGAGGGAAGAUUCGCAUGAGGUUGAUCCAUGCGGGAGGUGACAACAACUUCAAAGUUUCUAUCGACCAACAUGCUCUGCGCGUGCUUGCCUCUGACGGUCACGACAUCGAGCCUCUGACAGUGGACGCCAUCAUUCUGUCACCAGGGGAGAGGUUUGACUUUGAGCUUGACGCCAGCGCAUCUCCUGACGUGUACUGGAUCCGGGCAGAAACUCUUCGGGAGGGAACCUGUGUUUCCUGUCACUUUGAUCGCGUAAACGUCACAAUUACGCCUGACGACGUUGUUGAGGAUGCCAGAGCGGUGCUUGUCUACGAAGGCUCCUCUUCAAAACAAGACCCCACGUCACAACCCCACCAUUGUACCGCUGAAAAUCCCUGUAUCUUUCUGAAUUGUCCGUUUGAAGGAUAUCCUGAAGACCGCCAGAUUGUCUGCGUUGGCAUUGCCAACACCAGCAGCCCGGCAUCAUCCCAGGGCGACGCAGUUGAAGACGACGAUGUUGAGGAGUAUUUCCUGAACCUUGGAUUCCACGUAGGAUCAAAUAUCAACGGGCAUCGGUUUCUUCCUCCGACCAGUCCGCUUUAUCAAUCUCGAAGUACCAAUAUGAUUAUCCCGUGUCCACCACAGAAGUGUCAAAAGGGCUGUAAAUGCACACAUAUUUUGGACUUGCCCUUCAACAAGACCAUUCAGCUUGUUCUAGCAUCGUAUAGAAAACCGGGGUUCGGAAACGCGCAUCACAACAUCCACAUCCAUGGAUACACCUUCGAUGUCGUCGCCUCGGGGUAUCCUAACUUCAAUAGGACUACUGGUGUCGUCACUCACGGCAAUCCCGAUGUUGUGUGGAGCAAUCAGCAAUACAGUACCGUCACCUGGCGCCAGGGGCCGCCCUCCCUCAAGGUGAAGAACGCACCAAGAAAGGACACAGUCUUGCUUCCAGCCCCAGGAUACAUGGUUGUCAGAUUUAGGUCUGACAACCCCGGUUUCUGGUUUCUCCACUGUCACCAGUCCAUGCACCUGGCUGAGGGGAUGGCUAUGGUGCUGAACGUUGCACGAGACCGCCACCCAGCGCCACCUAGCGGUUUCCCAAAGUGUGGUAACUUCAGCUGGAGCGAGGAGGAGUACGAGGCCGCCAUGUCUGGAGCUUGGCCUUCUAAUGAAAAGGAGCCUGUGCGACGACAUGAGACGUGGGAAAUGGUAGUUGCAGUACUGGGAUCAGCUGCUGGAGGCGCUGCAAUUGCGGCCGUGCUAAUGCAGCUGCUACAGAUGCGAAGAAACUCCAAGAAACAAGAUUCGAACAAGCCUAAGUACGACGAAGACAAGUCAAGUCAAAGUCUAUUGCACAACGAUUGUAAAAAGUCCCAUGUAAGGCAAAGCGUUGUAUAAGACUAGUUUCAUUAAUCAAGUACAGUAUAUACGUAGAAUCUAAGCAAUACAAUCAUCAUCACCAUGAACCAGCAAGGUUACAGAUUUUGUUUUAAAUAUACAAUAUUGAUGGAAGACACAACUCACAAUGAAAGGCAUGCGUUGUAUGCAAUUACUGGAUAGUUACAUGAAUCUAUGACUAUCUACAAUUCUAAGCUAUUCAAUGUUGAUGAAUGAGAUGAAAAACAGGUUCCGUUUUCCCACAUAUGCAUUAUUUCCAGGUAAGGACUGUAUCUUGGUAACCGCGUUUUUUUGCAAAAGUACACCGUUUCAUAUCAUGCUGUUAGGCUUGUUUCUUAUUUUAUGUGUUUGUUUGUUUGUUUGUGUACUACACUGUGUGCUGGGUCAUUGACUGGUUAUGAAUUCAUCAUUUCUGUUCUCUGCAAGUUUAAAUUGUUGAAAGCUGUGUGUACUACAUAGUUAUACAAGUUGGAUUGAGGAUGAAGAAGAAACAUUGUCAAUCGUUUGAUUUAUUGCAAUUUCUCCAACUUACGAUCAGGAAGUUUUCCUAACUACUUGUGCAUAUUUAUUAUCAAAAUUUAGGGGAACAAUCUCCCUCUGUACUGCAGACACAACAGUGAAAUUUCAUAAUAUAGUACUAGUAUAGCUAUUAAGGUACCGAUUCUUUAGUUGUGUAUAAUUUGACCCCCAUUGGUAAAUUAGUACAUAAGUCACGCGUAUUUCUGGAGUCAUUGGUGUUCUACAGCGGCCGCUAGGCGGCCUAAAAAAUCCGUCUUUGUUUUGCAGUUUUCUACCCAGCUAGGUGAACGAAAUCGAUGGAAUCUUUUAGCUACAUUUGCCUAACAUGCUAGUAUUCUUAGUAUGUUUUUGUUCAGGAAUGGAAGUGUUUGGUCGAAAUACAUCAUCAUCAAUCAUGCUGGCUUUACGUUGUUUUCUUUCUACAAAUUUAAAC